GCGUACGUGUCGACUGCAUUCAAUGAUUGCACGUUCCUAGAGUUGGAGAGCCACGCGCAGCAACUUGUUGCAAUCGAGCCGGGAAGCCGAAUCCCUUGGUUUAUCAGAGGUCCUGGUACGCAUGCGCCAUCUGUGAUCGCUGGCGCGCCGACCGCGGCAAGCAGAGGGGUCAGUGUCGUGCGAAUCCUUCGCGAGUGCGGAUGUGUUACGGUGUUCUCCUGAUUCGUUUCGCUCGUACAUCAUCGACGGUGCUUAAAAACGAUAGAUUUUUUUAUAUUUAAUACAAAAACAGUGAACUUCACUAAUCGUUCUAGCAUUUGUGUCCGAUAAAAUUCAUUGACAAACGGUUCGGAAAGAUACAUUUCAUUCGAGGAUCUCUACUUUAAUCGAGCACGUCUCUGGUAUCGUUAACAAAUAAUAAUCGUGAUUCGAUACGGCGGUGAUACAAAAGUCGAGCGUGAUAAAGAAAAGGGUGCGAAUGACGUUUUGGCGCGAAUUAACGUUCCUCCGUUUCGUGUUCCGUGCAAACGCGAACUGGAACGUUCCGCCGGUUUAAAAACUGUUCAAAAAGUGUCGCGUGUGAAGUUGACCGUGUCGAACAAUCUAGCAUUUAUUAACGGUUUAUUCGAGUCGUUUCUUCAAUCUCCGUUUCGUUUGCCGUGAAUUCUAGACGCGUAAAUAAAUCAAGUCGGGAUUAACUUUGUUUAACGACCAACGGGAAAAUUCGAUUGUGAGGUUAGGUAAAAGAGUGCGGGGAUGUGACGCGUUUUCGAUUUGAAUCGCGUAUCGAUACGCGCCGGGACUCGCUUCGAUUGUCGAACGAUGUGUACUGCGGAUAGACUCUCAAGUGGCAUUUCGUGCGACCGUAAUUGACUGCGUGCUGCGGAGUUCUCCUCUUUAAGGACACGAUGGGACGUCGAAAUUGCGGAAAACUGUACUUGCUGUUCGUCCUGCUACUUCUCACAGCUGUAUUAAAAGUUGCAGGAAACGGCGAAAUCGAGGAUUUGGAUCCUGACGUUCAGGAUUACAGCACCGACGAAGACUAUAACGAUGUUUUUGACGCAACUACUAAUGGAACCGAUAUGGAAGCUGUGUCAGGGGCGAAAAGUGGCACCCUAAAAUUCAUACGGACCUUAUCGAAUAUAUCCAAAGAUGCUGGUGGAGUCGCUCACAUGCGAUGCGAGGUUGUUGGCGAUCCUCCGCCAACGAAAAUUAAAUGGUUCAAAAAUGAAGCACCCGUUGAAGAGAAACGACCGAAAAUUACUAUCAAAAAGAUACAUGCACAGGCACACGAGCAUGCAGCGAAAAACAUCGCCGGAAGUCGCUUAAAAAUCAUCAACUUGGACGUAGGGGAUAUGGGAUUCUACACUUGUCGAGUUACUAAUGGAAAGGAUCAGAUACAAAGCGAGGGAAUACUUCGAGUUGAUUCGUCCAAAAGCAUACAUGUUCCUGUCCAUCCUGAUCACCCUAUCAGUCAAACAUCAGACGACAGAUUUUCCCCGGACAUGAUUGGAGAUAGUGAUUUCUUGGAUAGCAUUGGACCUGGGGAUGGAUUAGACCUCUCAGGGACUGGAAUGUCAACGCCACACAUCUCUCAUCUGGCUUCGACAAAUCCAUUUAGUAUAUUAUCACCAAGUCCACAACCAACUAGUUCUCAAUCUAGUAAUAUCGACGUUCAUACAAUCGGCGGCCUUAGAAACGUCAAUAUGCAAUUAUCUCCUGGGAGAAAAGACAAUCAUGAAGGAAAAUGUGAGGUAUAUGUAGGAAAGACAUGUGCCCAGUUCUUAGGAAAUCAAUCAGUUUAUAUUCCGUACCCAAUGACACAGGAAUUACUUGAUGACAAACUGAUGAAAGCUUUUGGUGUUAUUAAAUAUUCAAACGAGAUUUCAUUAAGUUGUAUAGGGUAUGCAAAACCAUCAUUGUGUUACUCUGCAUUCCCAGUAUGUCGUGAUCCUGCCAGUAUUAUCAAACUUAAGAAUUCAGAAGUGAGCACAAGUUUGUUCCACCUGUUAAAUUCGAAUCAAGGCGACUUAUCAAGGGACACAGGUGAUGGAGAUGACGUGGAUGAUAUCUCAAGAUCGCACGGCAUUCCCAGAAAACGUAGCCCCACGUUGGGUCCUGGUUCCGAAUUCAAUCCAUACAAGGAUGGAAAGCCUUCCAAUAAGAAAAUAAUUAAUCAGAGCUACGGCGACGCACAGUCAUCAAGCAGAAACGAGAUCAAUCGUAAAUUACGACGGAUCUGUCGACGCGAAUGUGAAAUGUUAGAGAAUGACUUGUGUAGACAAGAGUAUGCAAUCGCUAAGAGACACCCAUUGAUUGGACAUCAAGUGCCUUUAAUCGACUGUUCUGAUUUGCCAAUGGAAAAUACCCCUGAAGCUCAUGAUUGUUUGAGUCUUGGAAUUUCCUCAGGGAACAAUGUGCAAGAAAACGACUAUUGUUACUGGGGAAACGGAAAGUCUUAUCGAGGUAUCGUAAAGACAAGUAUCAGCGGAAGACCUUGCAUGCAAUGGUCGCAUGGCGAGUUCAAUCUCCAGAUUUCCGCGUACCCCGAAUUAGCUGGAAAACAUUCGUAUUGCCGUAACCCGGGUGAUAAAGAAGCGCAACCAUGGUGUUACGUUUAUGUCGAUAGCAAACCGCAGAGGGAAUUUUGUAAUAUACCUAAAUGUGUUGAGAACUUAUGGAUCUAUGCAGUUGUUGGUUUCGUGCUAACAGGAGGAUUUGUUGUCAUAUUGGUCUGUUAUUGCUGCUGCUAUAGAAGCAGAAAAUCUAGAAGACAAAUGAAUCACUUGCCAGCGAAUAAAAUGUUAACGGGUAUACAAUGUGACAAGAAUAUAUACGACGGACGACGAAGCACUACGCAACCUAUGGAAAUGAGCUCUCUGUUAGCUGGUCCUGGUAACACAACUCCAGGAACUGGGACAUUAAGCAGCGGCAGUAGUAGGACGUCUAAUAAUAGAGUGCCACAGUUUACUACCAACAAUGUUGUGCUUCUACAGGAACUUGGAGAAGGAGCUUUCGGAAAAGUGUACAAAGGGGAAUUACAAACAGGCAACAAAUGCGAACCACCUAUUUACGUAGCUGUGAAAACAUUGAAAGAGAACGCAAGUCCAAAAACACAAAGUGAUUUCAAAAGGGAAGUUGAUCUUAUGACAGACCUUAGGCAUCCAAACAUCAUCUGUUUGCUGGGUGUGAUAUUGAAAGGGGAACCAAUGUGUAUGUUAUUCGAAUACAUGACUCAAGGAGAUCUGCACGAGUUUCUCAUUUGCCAUUCCCCAAGAUCAGACGUUCCAUUGAACAAUGCAACUGGAAAGAUUUUGGAACAGCCAGAAUUCUUACACAUCGCUUUACAGAUUGCAUCUGGUAUGGAAUACCUAGCUAGUCAUCACUACGUUCACCGUGACUUAGCUGCAAGGAAUUGUUUGGUUGGAGAUAAUCUAACAGUGAAGAUCUCUGACUUUGGCCUGUCUCGUGACAUAUACAGCAGCGAUUACUACAGAGUACAAUCUAAGAGCCUGCUACCAGUUCGAUGGAUGCCUCCAGAGUCAAUCCUUUAUGGCAAAUUUACAACAGAAUCGGAUGUGUGGAGUUUUGGAGUGGUACUGUGGGAGAUCUACAGCUAUGGUUUGCAGCCGUAUUACGGAUACAAUAAUCAAGAGGUGAUAGACAUGAUACGAUCAAGGCAAUUACUACCCUGCCCCGAGGACUGUCCCACAAUGAUCUACAGCCUGAUGAUAGAAUGUUGGCACGAGGUGGCGAACCGUAGACCACAGUUCCCGGAGAUUCACCAUCGUUUGCACAACUGGUACAUAAAUCAAACAUACCUAAGCGAUUUUUGUAACGAGUCGAUCACCAGUUACUCCGGUAGCAGUCACAAAAGCACGAACAAAACGAAUUCCACGCAGUUGUCGGCGCCUAUCUACAAAUGCGAUCCGAAGGAUAUGAACUUCAAGGGAACUGAACAGACGUUCUGCAAUCUGAACGACCACAGUAACGGGAUCAAAAUGUUACCGCCGAACUUUCAGAAUUCGAAUCCUGUCGAGCAAAGGCUGAAUUGUGGUUUCAGUGAACACGGUACACCGAUGAAGGUAACCGGUUAUCCGAACCAGACGACGAACGUUAAUUUGAACGAAUACGACGACAAACAGUGCUGUUCGCCGAAAUUGAGCGGAGCUAAAAAGGUUCUACCUUCGGCACCACAAGUACCAGGGAAAACGAACACGCCGAACGGCACCAGACCAAUGCAAAACGGAGCGCAGUUAGUUGUCAGGUUACCAGACCCCAGUAAGGUCACCACCGAGACCAGGGUAUCAAAGUGAACACGUUCGCGAAUGAAUCUCUAUUGUUUCUACGUAUUUACAAUAAUCGCUGUACAAGAUAUCUAUACGGUACGUUUUUCUAGGGUACUUGGAAGCUUGAACAUAGGUACCAUGACUCUGAUACCUAAUCACUGCCACGUUUCCGUAUUUAUUUAUUUCAUAUUUGAGAUUUACAUAUUUUAUACCGUCGAUAACGAGUCGGACGGUGGUACAAUCUUUGAGAAUUUUUAUACAGGUAAUUAAAUACAUGAAUCGUGUAUUACCAGUAGACUGUACCGUUAAUGUUGGUCGCGUGUACCUUUUCCAAAUAAUUAUUUGUAUUUUUUUAAAUCAUUCUGGCGAAGGAAUAAUCAAUUUAUACAUUGAUUUUAUACGUAGAGAAAUGAACGUUUCCUCUGUGGUAAUGUUAGAAGGUACUGUCUAUGUGAGAAAAAUUUGUAAAUCUUUGUAACUUUUAUCGAGACUUUUUACAUGAUUUUUAGUUAUAUUUUUGCAUACGCGAUACCGAUUAACUUUCGACUGAUAUAUUGUUGCUAGGGUGUAAUAUAAAUAUGUAACGUUAGUUGUGUUUGUAAUGUCUAACGGACUGGUAAACGAUGUACUUUAGAUCAUUCACUUACGAACGAUUCAUCAAACCAUGAAUGGCACAAUAAUAAAAAGUAUCAGUUAUAGCAUUAAGUCAAUACGCGAUUUAAUUGUGCGUUUAAGGAGAAACGAAUUCAGCGGACUAUCAGUGUAUUUAAUUCGUCCCGAAAAUGAAAAGCAAUUCGAAUCAUAUCGUGUAUCGAGAUACGAACAGCAAUUAUUCUGCUCAAACCAAGCGUGUAUACUUUCUUUAGAUGAAAUUCAUUUAUCUCUGUUUGGUAUUAUAUUUUGAUGUAACUGGAUCACUUGUUCUAAAUGACUGUCAGAACUUACACGGUAAUUUUUCUAACGAAUCUCUUAAAUUAAGUUAAGGAAGCCGAUUAAAAAGUUAAGGAAUCUACAGAAGUUGGACAAAGUAAAGGAAAGAUUUGAUUUUUAUUUUAUAUGGGCUACUUUUGUCAAUGAUCCAUCUUGAUUUAAUUUCUAAGAAAAUUUUAUAUUAUUUUUUUAUUAUUUAAGAUUCGAGAUUUCCAGUUUUAAGGAAACUUAAUUAAUGGAAAGUAAAUUACAAAUUGCUUUAGGGAUGUGAUUUCUGAUUUGAAUCAAUUGUCCAACAUCUGUACAUCCCACACAUGACUGCUAGUAGUAAAGACGAUUCAACGAGUUUCAUUGGAAUUGUCAACGCUAUUAAUUGUGUAAAUUAUACAGGAACAUAAUUAUCAUUCGUGUAUAGAGCGUAGAACGUGCGACUGUAUGGGAUGGACGUUUAUCCGUGUCCCCGAAUGAUUCAAAACUAGUCUCAGCAUUCGGUGAAACUGGAUAAUACGUGAGAAAUAAAACUAAAUGACGCUUGUUCAGAGCGAUAGAGUGAAUAUAAUAGAGUCGUAAGUAAGUAACGAGAGAGCCUAGAGUGUGAAUGAGUGUGUUCGAAUGAAUUUUGUAUUAUACUUUUGAUAAUUUUUCUAUUCGGAUGAAACGUUUCAUCGAGAAAAGCUUGAGAACAUUGUAAACGAGGAGACGAUUAGAGGUAAACGAUUAAGUUGAAGAAAAUUAUAGAAUUUUUCUUGGCAAUGACGAACCUACGAAUCGGUGUCUUAAUUAUGCGGUAAUACUGGUUCCCGCUUCGAAGGCUCAUCGUCGGUUAAACGUUCAAUUAAUUUAUGUCAAACCACUUCGACAGGAGACCAUAAGUUUAAGAUCUUUAUACAUAUAUAUACACGAUCAAGUAUGAUAUAUA